UAAGCUGAAAAGAAAAUGAAUGAAUGAAUGUAAUUAAUGCUACACACUUUAAACACGCUAGUAAAAUUGGCGAGAUUUUGGGAGGUGGGGGUUGUCUUAAAAGGUUGAAAACCCCUGGUCUAGUAACAUCAGAGACUUAAUUUACAUUUUAAAACAAGGCAUAGGUCCCCUGUAAUGUAAGUUUUCUGACCUCAUUUACAAAGCUUUCUUAAGAAAAUAUAAUUUAAAUUUAAGUCAAACUAAAACAGUUCUUUUUUCAUGAUUAUAACAAUUGCACACUUUACACAAAAUAAGCAUACUACAUUUCUUAAUAUUUUCUGGACAAACAAAUUCAGGAUUCAUAAGUCUAAGAGAACAAUAUCAAAAUCAGUUAUCUGAUAGCUUUAAAAAUCGAGCACAAAAAUAACAAAAAUACAUGAAGCCAUUGUGUUUAUUUGAGCUAUUUUUGGCAAUUCAUUUUAUUUUGUAUGUGCAUUUGCUAGACUUAAACCUGGCAGGAAUUUUUUCAUAACAUUACAACUCAUUACAUUGCGCUACCAUCCUGUUUGCUUUUUGUGAUGCUGAGUAAAGCAAAUAUUAUGUGAGAAAAUAAAGUAGAUUGAGACUUGUUCUCCCUCCUGUCGUGCUGGGAAUUGAUAGGAUUGCAAAAAGUGGGCAGUACAUACUAGAACAUACUAGUACAUGCGUCACUGGAAAAAGAAAGUGGCAACAUUCAUAAAAAAAAAUAAAAUAAAAAAAUAAAAACAUCUAUUGCAUCAAUUCAGCAAUAAUCACCCAAUGUGGUAAAGUAAACAUGCUGAAUUUUGGAAAUAUUCCCUAAAAUAUGACGCAUUUGGCUUCAAUACAUGUUAUCUGUACCUCCCUGCUCAUAGAUGUGCAUCCAUCGUCACACACGAAGCAUAAUCUCACCUCCCAUUCGCCUCACGGUUAGCGCGCUAAACUACGGCAGCUCAUUCAUACAUUCAGCCUCUCUCUCACACACACACACACUCUCUCUCUUUCUCUCUCUCUCCCUAUGACUCACUCGCUCUCAGCCUCACAGCCUUCACUCAAAACCUGACCGCUCUCACAUAUUAGCAAGGCUGAAGAGGAGACCUGCAGCUAUCAGAAUUCCAAUCUCUGAAGUGGAUCAUCUGUCAACCAUAUUUGGAACAUAAAGCAUCUGCAGAACACAGAAAUUGAGAACCAGACAGAGCAUUCAUGGAAAAGCCUAGCUAUUUUGGAUUUCUAAGAACAAGAAAGAACAAGAAACAGGACAGACAAAAGUUUUCACUUUAACUGAUAAGUUGUAGCUGUGUUUUAUAUAAUUCAUUGGAAGAAGCUCUUCUACCAUCAAGCAAUAAUGCAUACAGAACAUUUCAGCUAUGACCAACAUGUAAAACCCUUGCGUAUGUUGAAUGGAACAAGGUAUUAUGCAGUUCUCUGAAUUCAUUGAAUCAAUUGGUCAUUCAUACAGUCUGGAAUAAAUAGCACCUUAGGCUUUCAUCCCAUUUUAUGGAGGCUUUGCAUAGCCAGGCGACCACUGGGGAGCAAUCUGGAGGUUUAGCAAAGCAGAAUGAGACCCCAGUGGAUAACCCUAAGCCACAGUAUCAUGAAGAGAAAAAGGUUGUCACCCAGGUGCACCAUGCACAGCAGCGGAAACAUCUUAAUAUUGAAAGAAAACGGCUCCGAUUACAGAGGAAAUCUCUUCAGGAGAGAGAUGUUGUUGAAGAGGGAAAGCCACCGAGGGCAUCAGGUAGUUCUGAACAUCUCAAUGCUAACAUGAGCCAGGCUAGAGAAAUGCCAUCUGGAGCUUCAUCCUCAGCAGUAUCAGCUAAACCCUCUUGUUCCAUGGAAGAGGUCUUGGAAGGUACACCAAGACAAAAGCGUGAGCGCAAACCUCAAAAGCCAGGAAAGUAUGUGUGUUCAUACUGUGGCCGUGCUUGUGCUAAGCCCAGUGUGCUUCAGAAACACAUUCGAUCCCACACUGGAGAGAGGCCUUACCCUUGUGCACCAUGUGGGUUCUCCUUCAAGACUAAAAGUAACCUUUACAAGCACCGAAAGUCCCACACUCAUAGGGUGAAGGCUGGUCUGACUGCAGACAGGGAGGGACCAGGUAUAAGUUGUUCAGAGGAACCACUUACAGAUUCAGAUGAAGAAAGCCAACCAUCUUCUUAUUUAGAAAAACAAAGGAUGUCAGUUCAAAACUCAAGUGCUACAGAAAGGUGCUCUGAGGGUCAGUUACAGGAAAUAGAGGACUCUCAUGCAGUUAAGAAGAGACUUGCAAUGCGACUUAGCAGAGGAAGACGUACACCUUUAGGAUCAUCUGAUGAAGCAUCCUCAUCAUUUGGUCAAAGUAGCAAAGGUAGCACAGAGUCCGGCUAUUUCUCUCGAUCUGAGAGCACAGAAGUCUCUCAAGAUAGUCCACCAAACACAAGCGCAAAAAGCUAUGCAGAAGUCAUCCUUGGAAAGUUUGGUCGCCUUGGUCAUUUGCAGAGGACUUCUCAUCAACAACAUGCCCAUCCUGCUGGACAAGAAGGGAAAAGAAUUCCAUUUAACGUUCCCAAAAAGCAAGUCAUUGACCACAUCACUAAACUCAUCACCAUAAAUGAGGCUGUUGUUGACACCAGUAAGAUUGACAGUGUCAAGCCCAGAAGGUUCUCACUUUCUCGGAGAAGCAGCACAGAAUUGAAAGUAGUCUCUUCCAAAGAGCCAUUUCUUCACAGUCCAAAAGAAAUAGACAUAAGUGCAAAAAGUAGUGGUUCCAUCACUCUUGGUGUACCAUGUGAGAAAUUUCAACAUCAUUCUCUUAGUAUCCCACAAACUGAAUCAACAUCCACUGCUCCUCUUUUGAGAAGUCACUCCAUGCCCUCAGAUGCAAGUACUAGUGACGUGUCUGAAACUUCCCGUAGCCUUCGCCUUAGCCAAUCCUUUGAUGACCCGCAACCAAUUCAGAAUCGGCGCCAUGGAAUGCUAAGACGACAGCCUGCAAUUGAAUUGCCAAUUGGCGCUGAAUUAACAAUGGAGGAACAAUCCUAUUCCACCUCAUCAUUUCAUCACCCAGUUACUACAAUGCCUGAUCCCAGCCAGAAACAAGAGCAAUUUGAGUGCGGUGCUUGUCGUAUUGUUUGUAAUGACGUGGAGAGAUAUCAAAAACACAAACAACACUGUUGCACAGUUCAUAUUUCUCAACAAUCUGAAAUUCCUGUUUAUCAAGUAGAUGAAUCCACAAGAACAUUUACAUCCCGUUCUGGUGCUUUUGCAUUUAGAAAAAGAAGAAAAGAAGAGAGUAUUGAAUUUGAAGAUCCUUCUUUACCCUCAGUCUCUUAUAUACCACUGCGAGGGUAUGCACCAUCUUGUGAACAACCUAUUAAAAGGACACAUGAACUAGGUCAAGAAUACUGCACAGAAGGUUCUUUGAAAGGAAUAUCUGUCAUUCAGCAUACCAGUUCAUUUGAGAAACAUGAUAAUAGUAAAACGGACGAACCCUCUCACACUCAUGGUGUUUCCCACACUUCUCCUCAUCCACAGACAAAGCAGCAAGCAACUAAACUAUCCUUCCGUAAACUUGUACGCCAACAAAAUGUCCAGGUACCAGAGAUUCUGGUCACAGAAGAUUCAAACACGGAAGCCAUGGCAGUCUCACCCCCUCCGAUUGUCCCUAAAAUGAAGGACACUGAAAAAGUCAGUGAGUUCCAGUGGCCUCAGAGAAGUCCAACUUUGGCCCAACUUCCAAUUGAGAAGUUGCCACCUAAAAAGAAACGUCUUCGUCUUGCAGAAGCAGCACAGUCUUCAGGGGAUUCAAGCUUUGAAUCAAUGUCCCUGCCUCACAGUCCAAGUCAAGACAGUUGCACAUCUCACAAUUCCAGUAGAUCAACUUCUUUUGAAGAAGCUGGAAAAGCUGAUGCAGAUUUGACACCAACUAGGAGAUCAAGAGCCACUCAUACUUUGACAGUUCCCAUAAAUUCUCAUAGAGAAAUGAGGCGCUCUGCAUCUGAGCAGGCACCUCAUAUACCUCAAACUGCUAACCUUAUUACAGAGAUUCGCAGUAAAUCAUUUGACUAUAGCAGUUUGUCUCCAGAUCGGACCCCAGCAGGAUGGAAAGAAAGGCGGAAAUGCCUUCUAUUGAGGCACAGUGCCGUGAGGGAACCUGAGGAGGAAGACCAAACUACCAAAGUCUUCAACACCAGCUCUCCCACUUGUAGGACUAGCACGUCACCUAGCCAUAGCCCAGUCACCUCCUACAGCCCAUCCACUCAUCACGUGUCUUCAAGCAAUACUGUACAUUCAUUUGGUGAGAAGCAGAUCAUGAAAUCACAGGAUGUUUUAUCAGAGAAUACCCAGCUGAGUACAUUGCAGCUGACCCCAGUGAUUCAUACUGACCACCCCACUACCGUGGGAAGUCUGAUUUGUCCAUCAGGUGCUGCCAGAGCUCAUUAUUCUUCAAUGUCAACAGGACUCAAGCUUGAAAUUCCCAUGGAAAAGGACCAACCAUACAUCACUCAUUGUCACCAGCAUCAGAAUAUUGGUUUUGAUGUUACUUCAAACCCAGAAGUACUAAGACCUUUACCAGCCCAGAGUAUUCCAGUCCGUCUUAAUUCACACCUUCCAUAUCAUGCAGGCUCUAUUUAUACAACAGUUUCACAAACAUUUUUUUCAAGGCCCCAGGAACCUUGUUGCUCUGGAGUCAGUUCAGUUGCAGUGGUCUCAAAGUAUGAAAUUAUGGAUCAACAACCAGAUUCUGAAAGAUCUGAUUCAGUAAGUGUUGGAGCAACCAAACGUGUCCUGUCGCCCACAAGCAGUAAUGAACUCAACCCAGAAAGUGAACAACAGCAGAAACGAGUAAAAGAGGAGGAAGAAAACCAGGAAAAUGAAAGGAGAGAUGAUAAGGUUUUGAUUGAAUUCAAAAAGGAGGAAAUACUGGGUGAGCAAAGUGUCAUCUUCCCAACUGAACACAAAGAUCCCCCAUUUCAGACUCUUAACACGAAUCUAACUUUUAGCUGGUGCUUUCUAAACUACAUAAAGCCAAAUCCAUCCAUACAGAGUGAACAACAAAACUCAGUCUAUUCUUCAUGGUGUACAAGUACCCGCAAUCCAAACCCUCCUGGCCUAACAAGCAAGGAAAUGCUUUCCCUGUUGCAAUGCAGGCAGAGACAUGAAACACUUCUCUACACCAUGGCAUCCAUGUCACCUUCUUUGGAUGUGAAACAAGAGACACCUGACUCCCAAAAGCCUAACGUGACUGAGGUACAUGCCGCUCAGCUCACAGAACCGAAAGAAGCCCAGCAAGCUGAGUUGACGGAGGUAGAAACAAAAACAACGGAGGAGAAGGAAGACCAGUUAUCUACCUCCAAAUGCAGCUCACGGGUACAGAUUUGUGAGGGAGGCUACAGGUCAAGUGAGGAAUAUGUGUAUGUACGUGGACGAGGAAGAGGUCGAUAUGUAUGUGAAGAGUGUGGAAUACGCUGUAAGAAACCAAGCAUGCUGCGCAAACACAUACGACUCCACACGGACGCCCGACCUUAUGUCUGCCAGCACUGUAACUUUGCCUUCAAAACCAAAGGGAAUCUAACCAAACAUAUGAAGUCAAAGGCUCAUGGGAAGAGAUGUCCAGAGGGACCUGCUCCAGGACCAGUCCAGUGUGAGCUGGAGACAGAUGAAGGAGGUGACAGUGCUAAACAUUUCCUUGAGACAGAGGAAGUGGAAGAACACCAGUUCUCGGAUGCGGAAGAGUCCGAUGACGAAGCUGAGGAUAAUGAUGAAGGUGACGAGCAGACUUCAUGCUCCUCUUCGUCAUCCAAGUGGACGUCCAUCUCCAGAGAUGAUUCUGGCUCGUGUGACAUCUUAGGCCUUUCAAACCCAGGCUGGGAACAGCAUCCCAAACCGCCUGUCAGUAUGAGCCCUCGAAAGCCCAGCCACUAUGGAGAAGCUUCCUCUCCGAAGACAACAAAGUCUAUAGUGACACUUUUGCACCUUGAUCCCACCACAGGAAUGUGCUCAUCCCCAAUCCGUAGCCUUUCUCCUGGCCUGCAAAUGUCCCCUGCUUUACCACAGUCUCCUGGACGGGACAUGUCCCCUCUACGAUGUCCUUCUCCAAGACUAAGUCUGUCUCCAUCAUCCUGUCUGUCCUCAUUGUCUCCUUCUGACCGCUCGACUUCAUCCUUCUCCGAGAGACGUGUGUCCCCCAUUAGAGACCUGUCCCCCAUACGGCCUUCGUCUCCCAGUUGUCCCCUGGCGUUGACUGUUGGGGCCAGUGUAACUAUUCAGUACCAAGCUGACAGACCCAGAGCUUCAACAAAAGCCUCACCUAACAGGUUAAACCUCAAGAAAAAAACGGAGAAAACACACAGUCCUCACAGAAGGACCAACAUGACCCAGUCUUGGCCUCCAGCACACGGGCGUCUGUCCAGGAACAUGCAGCCCAGGGAAGGCCAGCGUGUGUUAAGUCACCUGCCUCUGCACUCCCAGCCUCAGGUGAUGAUUCCCAAUCUCAGCCUCACCAUUCCUAUCGGCGGGAUCCAGAUGGUGCAGCCACGCUCCAAUAUGCUCCUCCGGAGUACAUCUCUGAACCACAGCGUAGCCCAGAUGACUGUCACUGUGCUGACCAAGGAGAAAGGCGCUGGGAGGAGUCCUGUGGGUGAAGUUCCUCAUCGGAAGAAUCAGCUGAUAGUGUUUACAGAGCCUGCGGUGGAGAUGAGCUCCAAGAGUGAAGCUUCCUCUGAUGAGGACAAAGAGCAAAUCCAUGGAGUGGUUCAAGCAGAGCUUUUUUCUAGAAAAAAAGAAGUUCCCAGUGUCGCAAUGACAACCUGGAAGAGUAUCUCUCAAAAAAAUAACAGAAAGCAUUCUCGAAGUCCCAAGAAAACUCAGCCGGUAGACGGCUCAAGAACAUCUAUGGAUGCUAAGUGUUGAGGGAGAAGUUUAGACAAAAAUGAAAUGUCUGUCAUUGUUUAUAUGCAUAUUACUCCAAACCUGCAUGUUUGGCAGAAUAUUGCAAUUUUUAUUUUUUUUUCCACACAAAAAUGCAUUUGGUUAUCUUUUAACAUGGUUGGAAAUUAAAGAGGGUUUAGGGCAAUAAUAAUAAUAAUAAUAAUAAUAAUAAACUAAAUUCAAUAUUGUGGCAAAAAAGUGCCUCCACUAUUCGAGACUAUCUGUUGCAACAUGAUUAAAGUGAAAAUGGUUGAAAAGUAAAGCUUACAGCAUUAUAUUUAGAUUAUUUACAUAUUAAACAAAUAUUUCACUGACAAAAACUGACAAAUUCCCUCCUGUGAUAACAUUCAGCGAUAUAUAGAUAUAUAGAUGCAUCAUAUAGAUAUGAUGCAAAGUUUAGAAUUGUGAUUUUAUAAUUAAAUAAAUUAAUCUUAUGGCCUGUUUACACCAAAAAAUAUAAAGAUAUUUAACUAUAUUGUAUAUACUGUAUGAAAUUCACAGUAGCACACAAUAUAGUUUGGUUUAUUAACAGUUUGCAGUUUUGUUGAAUGCAUAUUUAAAUGCUUGUGUUUAAAAGAAGAAGAAGGGGGUAUUCUAUUUGGUUAUCAUUGCUUUUAACACAAUUAUUUGUUGGAUUAAAAAAAACAACAGUAUUGUCAUUUAUUUAUUGUGAUUGAAUUAAUAUUUUAAUUGUUAUUAUUUCAAAGAGGGUUUUUUUUUUUUUUUUGCAUUUAAAUAAAAAAGCUCCUUUAAAUGAUAUGUAAGAGCUGCAUUGAGAAAGUGGGAAUGAUUUUUUUGGCUAUCUAAAUAAAUGAAAAAUACUGUCUGACAUUAAAAAAUGCAAAUCGAUUUGAAGAGUCAUGAAACCCCCCCUCUUUCAGCUCAAGUCUACCUCAGAUUUAAACAAAUAAUGCCUCAUGCUGCGCGUGGAGUGCUGAGACAGAGGGAGGACUGGGCGUGGCUGACAGAACAGGGGAUAAAAGGGGAGUGAUCAACUGUUGUCAGUUGAGACACAAACCGUGAGAAGACCCAUGAUUUUAUAGUUUACAAAGUUAAAAUGCAAAGAAAUAAACAGUA